AUGGCAAAAGUUGCAUUCAUAACUGGUGGCAACGGCAUCACAGGCUCAUCGUUGCUCGAGUACCUCGUCAAGAACACUGAUGCCUCACAAUGGAGCGAAUUGAUCGUCACAUCGAGGUCCCCCUUCAAAACCACUGUCUCCGAUCCACGCAUUACAUUCAUCGCCCUCGACUACACCAAUGACGUGCAAUCACUGAUCAACAAAAUGAAAGACACCUGCAGCAGUGUCACACAUGCCUACUUCUCUUCAUAUAUCCACAAGGACGAUUUCAACGAGCUCAACGCCGCUAAUGAGAAACUAUUCGCCAACUUUUUGGACUCGCUGCUUGCAGUUGCUCCCAAUCUCCAGAACUGCACACUGCAGACUGGCGGCAAGCACUACAACGUGCACCUGUUCCCUGUGCCAUCCCCUGCACGCGAAGAAGACCCUCGCCUGGACUCGCCCAUUGGCAACUUCUACUACCCACAGGAAGACUACCUGAUCGAGCGGCAGCGCGGGCAGGCAUGGACGUGGAACGUAGUGCGACCCGAGGCCAUCAUCGGUGCGACUUCCAAACCUAACGGCAUGAACGAGGCGCUUACCAUUGUGCUGUACAUGUUGGUGUGCGCAGAGCUUGGCGUCGACGCUCCCAUGCCGACAAAUCAGCGCUACUGGGAAGGCACCGAUGACGUCUCGGACGCGCGCAUCAUCUCGCAGCUGACCGUUUGGGCGUCUACCAGCGCAAACACCGGCAAUCAAGCUUCAAUGUCACCAACGGCGAUUACUUUUGCUGGAACUGCGCACUUUAGGAACCCAUACCCCAAGGAGGGCGACUUGCAGCUCGAGCUCAGCCUCAAUGAGUGGGCGAAGGAUAAGCGGCAGGUAUGGGACAGGAUCUGCGACAAGGCUGGUGUCCCACAGGCAAAGGCGACGUGGGAUUCGGGUACGUGGGCAUUUCAGGAUUGGGUGUUUCAGCGUACCUGGAGUGCUACAUUGAGCAUGAGCAAGGCCAGGAGGUUUGGCUUCGAUGGCUAUAUCGAUUCGUAUCAGUCAUUCACGGAUGCGAUUGAUCUUUUCGUCCAGCGUGGGCAGAUUCCGCCAGUGAAGGGCGCGUCAAAGGUCAAUGGGACUGCGUAG